AUGAUAGCAAAUAAGUGGCUUAUUUAUGUGCAUAUGGGAUUUCAAAUAACUCAAAAUGCGACUAUGAAUACAACACAUUCGAUCACUGUCGGCUCGAGCGACGAGAGUCUUUAUUGGCUAACCAACGAUAUGGGCGAAAUCGCUGACAUGCAAAUGAGCAAUGAAAAUAGAACUCGCAACGCCAAUAUUACAGAUACCGGAAGGAAUGAAGGGCUUGCCCAGUUGUCAGCAAUCUUAUAUCAUUGGUUUGCAGAUAUUUACGCAAUAAUUUGCUCUUUCCAAUACAAAAAUUAUAAAAAGUUGUUAAAAUGGUCAAUCUGUGAGAGUGCAGCUUUAAUACUGACGCCAUGUAACACUCAUUCUAGAAGAAAGAUACCAAUUAUAUGCCAUCAAUUCAACAUUGGUUUUACCAUAUGAUUACCCAUUGCUUAAAAUUAUACGUUUUAUUAUCUUGAACAAUUGGUAAAUGCUAUUGGAAAAUUAUGACAUUUAGCUAUGCACAUUAAGCUGAAAAUCCGAUGCACAACGUGACUGCAAAUGCCAGGAAACACAUUUGUUGAUGUUGGUGUUGCUGUGAUGUCGUAUUUUGCACAUAUUAAGUGAUUUUCAUUUAUAGCCUUAUGCGUAAAAGCGAUCAUUAGGCUUAACUUCAGAUGACAUAUAUGAACAAGCACAUGACUGCUAGAUCCACGUUUGUUGUUUUUUUGUAUUUAGCGAUGUUUACUAUUUUAUUAGUAAGGAUAUUUUAUUAUUUAUAAAUGGAAAAUCAACAACAACCAUGAGCUGUAUUUAUUAUCUAUAUAUGUACACAUAUUGAUUUAAAUGUUUGUAUGUAAUCUAUUUUCAAGAGUAACGCUAGGGACAAACAUGUAUUUUACGUUCACUCUGACUAUGUACCAUAAUAAUCGUUAAAAUUUAUUAGUAUGAUUUUCUCUACAAAAAAAUGAUGUAUUGUUUUAUUCUGCUACAACACAUGCGUUGAAUAGCUACCACGAUAAAACAUGAAAAGAGACUAUACUAUUAUAAAUAUAAAUACGGUUAUGUAACUUUUCAAUGUAAAGUAACAAUAUUUACACCUAAACUUACAUUCCUUAAAUGAACGUCAUUUCGGCAAUUGCGUUCAUCAGUCGAUGAACGCAACAUCUUCGGAUAUGUUCGGAUCGCAAUUCAUCGCAUAACAAUAUACAUGAAAAUUAUUGAUCUUCUUAUUGUUUGUAUUGUGUCAGCAG